GUUCGGGAUGUGGGAUCGGAGGUUGGUCAGGUUGGCCCUGCUGCAGCAGCUGCGGGCUGUGUACGGCAUUAAGGUCAAGGGUGGCCGCGGGCAGUGUGAUCGCAGAAGACGGGAAACUGCCGUCACGGAAAUAAGGGGUAAGAUAUUUGGAGUUCCUUUUAACUCAUUGCCUCAUUCAGUUGUUCCAGAAUAUGGACACAUUCCAAGCUUUCUUGUUGAUGCAUGCACAUCUUUAGAAGAGCAUAUUCAUACAGAAGGGCUAUUUAGGAAGUCAGGGUCUGUUAUUCGUCUGAAGGCACUAAAGAGUAAACUGGACCAUGGUGAAGCCUGCCUGUCUUCUGCACUUCCCUGUGAUGUUGCAGGUCUGCUUAAGCAGUUCUUCAGGGAGCUGCCAGAGCCUGUCCUACCGACUGAUCUUCAUGAAGCACUGUUCAAAGCGCAACAGUUAGGGGCGGAGGAAAAGAAUAAAGCCACAUUGUUGUUGUCAUGUCUGGUGGCAGAUCCUACAGUUGAUGUAUUAAGAUACUUCUUUAACUUUCUUAAGAAUGUUUCUCUUAGGGCAAGUGAGAAUAAAAUGGAUAGCAGCAAUCUUGCAGUGAUAUUUGCACCGAAUCUUCUUCAGACAAGUGAAGGCCAUGAGAAAAUGUCUGCUAACACAGAGAAAAAGCUACGCUUGCAGGCAGCAGUAGUGCAGACUCUCAUUGAUUGUGCACCGGAUAUUGGACGUGUGCCAGAUUUUAUCCUGGAAAAGAUACCAGCCAUGUUAGGUAUUGAUGGUCUCUGUACUACCCCAUCCCUGGAAGCCUUUGAAGAAGGGGAAUAUGAAACUCCUGGUGAAUGUAAGAGAAAAAGAAGACAAAGCGUUGGAGAUUUUGUUAAUGGAGCCCUAAAUAAACUUAAGUCUAGCAGAACACCCUCUAUUACACCUCAGCAAGAUAGAACUGCCCAGGCCUCUGUAUCACCAUUGAUUCUCACACCAAGUGUUAAGCGUAAACUGCCGGGAGAGUCUUCGCAUGCCUUCUCAAGUAAGAAAAGGAAGUCCAUCAGACACAACUUGAACUUUGAGCUGCUGCCAAGUCACCUCUUCAGCAGCAAUUCUACUCCAGUGUCAGUUCACUUUGAUACCAGCCCUGAAGGGUCUUCUCAGAGUUCACUCUCACCUAUCGCCAUGAGUGGAAACCACUUGAUCAGUACAGACCUAAGGCGAAGUAAAAGGAUUGCGAGCAAAAAGGUUUACAGGGUAGAAUCAGGAAAAGCAGGCUGCUUCUCUCCUAAGGUCAGUCGUAAAGAAAAGGUCCGAAGAUCUCUUCGUCUGAAAUUUAGCCUGGGGAAAAACAGAGAUUCAAAUGGAUGUUCUGUCAUCAAUAGAUAUGAAAAUGUUGGUCGACGACUAGCAAAUCAACAAAGUCUAAAAAAUAGGAUUGAAUCUGUAAAAACAGGUCUGCUUUUUAGCCCAGAUAUUGAUGAAAGAUUGCUAAAGAAAGAUGCAGAAAAGAUGAGUAAAUCUGAGGAACACUUGUUGACUCCAGAUGGACUAGAUGGAGCAGAUUACAGGAUGUCUUGGACAGAACCCAGUAAUUCAAGCUUUCAAGACAUGGGUGUAGAUGGAUCUUCUCCAAUAAUGAGCAACCCUGAGGUGAAGAACUUUUCUUUGGAACCCGAUAUUACUGUUGAAAGCUCACCAGUUGUGUCACGUGAGCUCAGACCUUCCCCCAUCCACAGCCAACCUGACAGCAGUGUCCUUAGUGGGGAUGAAAGUAACCUGACCUCUGAGACCUUGCUGAAGAUUCAGAAAGCCUUUUCUGAGUCUGGGAGUGAUCUUCAUACACUGAUAAAUCAGGGGCAGUCAUCAGUAACCGACAAGGGGGAGGAAAGUGAGGCCAGCGAUGAGACUGUGAGGGGCGCAAAGGGAGACGAUGGGCACCAUCCUGGGGAAGGCGAGCGCUGCGUUCCAGAAGGAGAGAUCUCUUCAUAUCAAAGUCCACAACUUAGUAGAGAAGCAAGUAUAGAAUUUCACUCGACUCAGAUGAAGGUGGAGCAUGAAGAAGACAUCCAUUCGGAAGUACCAAAAGCUGACUUCAUCCAGCAAGAACUCCCCAGUGAGGAGCAAACAAAGGAACCACAGUCCCCAAGGAACCAACUAAAUACUCAGUCAGCAGGGAAUGAGACUGUGGCAGCAGAGGAGGUCUCUGAGGCAGGUGGCGCUGCUGGGGAAGAUGAGGCUCACUCCUCUUUAGAGCAGAGUACCUGCCCUGUGAUUGUCCUUUCAAAGCCUCAGCCCCAGAGGCUCACUAAGCAGCGGUCACUGGUGAGAAAAUGCGACACUGCAGUUCCCGGAGCUUCGCAAAUGAUGGAACAUGGAAAGGUUUCUGAUCACAUCCAAUGGUUUAAUAAACUUUCUCUAAAUGAACCAGACAGAGCAAAAGUGAAGUCACCUCUGAAAUUCCAGCGUACUCCUGUACGUCAGUCUGUCAGAAGAAUUAAUUCUUUGUUGGAGUAUGGCAGGCAACCUGUGAGGCAGAAGUUGGCAGUCCUUGGCGAUGCAGCUUCUCCUCUGGUAAAGUCAGUGAGCUGUGAUGGUGCUCUUCCCUCUUGUGUAGAAAGUUCAUCAAAAUACUCCUCUGGUUCCUCUACUAAAUUAGGUCCUGAAGCACAGACGUCUAUGUCAUGUGAUGAGUCAAAUGAUGCAAUUUCAAAAUCAAGUGUUGAAUUAGCUUCUAAAUCUUUCUCAAAAAUUAAGAGACAUCCAGAUCCUGGCCAUGCUUCUCUUGGAACUACUAGACUCUGUAAACAGGAGAGCAAAUCUGGUGGCCAAAUUAAGUUUCCCUUGGAUGAUCUCACUAAUCAUGAUAGAUCAAAAUUUGUAAAUAAUACAGCUGGAAUAAAAAACAGAGUUCUUAGGAAGCCAUCAGAAAAAGAAAGGGUCUGGUACAAAGGUUCUCCCAAAAAUCCUAUUGGAAAGACUCACCUACUGCCAACGAGUAAGCCUGUAGACUUGUAACGGAUGCAGUGCUUGUCAUCCCUGUAAAUAAGGUUAGCAGUUGGUGGGAUGGUCUGCAGGGUAGUUGUGUGCGAGUGUGUAGCUAUGGAUGCUGGGUAAGCAGCUUUUCUCUGAAGCAGUCUUGCUGCCGCAACAGUGUGUAUUUCCGUACUUACACCUAAGGCUACUUUGUUUUUCUUUAUUACUGAAGACUGAACUUUAUUGUGAUUUCUUGGAGCAAAGGUUAUAAUUAACUCUUAAAGGAAUUGUUGGCUAGAUUUAUUUAAAAGGGGCAUGAUUUUUGUUUUGCAUGUCUGAUAGGAAGUUGUGCCUGUUUUUGGUUAUUCCUCCAAGUAAGGACAUUGUCCAUUUCAAAUCUACUAUGUUAAGGGAAUGGGUUAGCCCUGCAAAUCUUGUGUCUUGUAUUAUAUUCAUGUUUGUUGUCCUGACCUAAAUCCUAGGUGUUGAUUUGCCUCAGCAGUACGCUAACACUUAUUCCUGUUCAUGGCAGAGGAAUUUGAUUAGUGUCUCCUGAAGGUGUAUACAAAGUUUCGCUUGAAUUUUGAAUUAAGGACAGAGGUUAAAUCAGAAUGAUGACUAGCUACAUUUAUACAUUAUGAUGCUGAAGUAAUUGAGUAAUUUUAAGCAUAUUUCAUUUUUGAAGGUAAUUUUGAUCUGUUUUAUCCAAUAUGAAAAUAAAG